CAAAAUAUUGGUGAGUAAGUAUUAAUGCCCUCUACGAAAUACAUUAUCUAUAUAACUUGUUCAUAGGUCAUACAUCCAAAAAUCAAAAUUUUGUGAUCCCGUAAAAUAUCAAAAUAUUGGUGAGUAAGUAUUAAUGCUCUCUACGAAAUACAUUAUCUAUAAAACUUUUUCAUAGGUCAUACAUCCAAAAAUCAAAAUCUCGUGGUCCUGUCAAAUUUUGGUGAGUAUUAAUGCCCUCCUUCUUCUUCCUUUUCUUCUUCUUCUUCUUCUUCUUCUCACUCAAAGAGACAAAAAUUGAAUAGCAUGCACUUUUGUCCAAGUACAAUGACCUUGUUUAAGUAUAUUGCACCAUUUGUAGCCAUUCUUUUCAUAAUAUUCUACAAUAUAUGGAGACGAAACAAAAAUGAACUUGUACCAAAUUGGCCAAUAAUUGGUAUGCUACCAUCAAUUUUACAAAAUAUAUCCAAUAUUCAUGAUUUUGUUACCUUAGGUUCCAAACAUUAUGGAGGUACUUUUCAUUUUAAAGGACCUUGGUUCACAAACAUUGCCAACUUUACCCUCACAUGUGAUCCCAUGAAUGUGCAUCACAUUACCAGCAAAAAUUUCAGCAAUUAUGGGAAAGGAUCUGAUUUCCCUGAAAUUUGUGACGUUCUUGGUGUUAGUAUUGUAAAUCUGGAUUCCAAUGAAUGGAAGCAAGAAAGGACUAUUCUUCAUUCAUUGCUUAAAGCAAAAACUUUUGAGACAUCCCUUCGACAAAACAUUCAAAAGAAACUAGAAAGUUGUCUAUUACCAUUUCUUGAUCAUGCAUCAAAAGGUGUACACGUACUUGAUUUACAAGAUAUUAUUGAGAGGUUCACCUUUGAUAUUACUUGUAAUUUUUUAUUUGGAUUUGAUCCUAAUUGUCUUCCUUACAAGUUCAAUGAGCUUCGAGAAAUUGCUUAUGUAAAAGCUAUUUCUGUGAUUGAGGAUACAUUAUUGCAUAGGCACUCUGUUCCAAAAUGUGUUUGGAAGCUACAGAAAUGGCUACAUAUUGGUCAAGAGAAGAAGAACAGUAUAGCUCAAAAAAAUAUUCAUCAAUUCUUGUUCAAAAUGAUAAUGCAUUCGAAAUAUGAUGAAAAUAAAAGUAGAUUAAAAACCAGUGAAGAUGUUGCUGAAAUUCAUCCUGUUGGUGUGUUAAAACCACUAAUGAAGGAAGGCUUGGGAAAGGAAGAAACGAAUGAAAAUGAAAAGUAUAUUAGAGACACUGCAUUCACUCUCUUGGCUGCAGGAAAUGGAACAGUUAGUUCAGGUCUAAGUUGGUUCUUUUGGCUUGUUUCAACUCAUCCUAAUGUGGAAGCAAAACUUAUUCAAGAGAUCAAAGAUCAUUGUCUAACACAAGAGGAGAAUUUGAUCAAUAAUUUAAAUGUUGAAAACAUUGAUAAGCUGAUUUACCUUCAUGCAGCUAUAUGUGAAACCUUGAGACUUUAUCCUCCUAUACCAUUUGAUCACAAGUGUGCAGUUAAUUCUGAUAUACUACCUAGUGGACACCAUGUUGGUCCAAACACAAAGUUAAUAUACUCUUUGUAUGCAAUGGGAAGAAUGGAACAUGUAUGGGGUGGUGAUUGCUUGGAGUUUAAGCCUGAGAGAUGGAUAUCAGAUAAAGGACAAAUUAUACAUGUACCAUCUUACAAGUUCAUAGCAUUCAAUGCAGGUCCUAGAAGCUGUCUUGGGAAAGAUAUUAGCUUUAUUCAAAUGAAAAUGGUUGCAGCUUCUGUAUUAUGGAAGUUUCACAUACAUGUGGUGGAAGGUCAGUCUGUUACUCCUAGGGUUUCGAUUGUUCUUCGUGUGGAAGGCCUUAAGGUUAAUGUAAGUAAAAGGUUCAUUUGAUAUAAGUAUUAUAACCUUUGCGAAGUUAGGAACUUAUUUGUAUGUGUCUAUAUGCCCUAGUUAAAUAAGUGUGCCCGAUAGGACACCAUACACUUAUGAGGAAGAAGUAUUAAGUGAGUUAUAUUAGCAAUUAUGAAGUUAUUAUUUUAUUUUCUUUGUAAGUUAUGUUAUGUUAGAAGUAUUAGUGGAAGUUUGCAAAAUAACUACUAUGUUAUGUCGGAGGUGUGCAAAAUAAUUCUUUGAGGAGAGCAUUGCUAUGGAUUAUUGCUUGCAAUUUCCCUUUGCAAGUCAGUGAUAAAUUCAGUUUCAUUUUUUA